AUGUUUGUUUCUUCCGAUCCAAAGAAGAGAAAGAGAGGUCAGACUGAAUCAGUCGUGAAAGAGCUUUCUUCCGAUAGUAGUGAAGAAGAAGAAGCAGAGAAUUGUAAUUCAUCCUCAAGGCUGAUGAAACGUUCACUUUUCAACAACCAUUGCAACCAGAGGAAUAAUAAUAAUAAUAGGAUAAAAGAACUUUCCGAUAGUAGUGAAGAUGAUGAUGAUCAAGAAGAGGACAAUCACAGAAAAAAAGUCAUCAAGCCAUCUCCUCAAGGAUUGAAAUUACAUCAACAAAUUCUUUCAUUUAGAAAUAAUCUUGGAAAGCCUUCAACAGCAGCUGAACAUCAUCCACAAACAACAACAAUCACUCAAAAGUCUUCUCUACUAUCCAGAAUUUUCCACGAAUCAUCAUUAGAUUCCAAACAACAACAACACAAUCAAAAGCCACAACAGAAAUUAUUAUCUUCUUCUUUGGAGAAACCUAAAGCACAGUCGUCCUCAUCCAUGGAUGAGACAUCUUUCAAAGAUGUGAAAUCUCAACAACCAGCAGUAAAAGCAACAACAGCGAGUACCCGCAGAGAUCAACAAAGAAAAUCUCAAUCAAGAACAACAAGUAAUCCUCGUCAACGUCGUUCUGCAACAUCUUCUAAUCACUCACAAAACGAGAAAACAAUGGAGGAAAUGCUUCAACAAAUGCUUCGCGAAAUUCAAGAAGUAACAGGUAUGGAGUGGACAUAUGACGACGAUCCACUCAGUCAAAUGUUUUAUGAUUUGGAAAAUGAUUGUGGAAUGAAUUUUGGAAUUUCCAAAUACCCUCCAAACAACGAAACCAUGAAUGAAGAAGAACGACAACAUUUGGCAAAACUGUAUUCACAACUAUUUGAAGAUGAGCAAAUCAUUUAUCAUGUGUUGAAAUUUAUAGAUGGUCUUAUAUUGAUUCGCUUUUGCAUGAGGGUUUGUAAAGCAUGGUAUAAUCAAGCGCGUUGUGUUCCUCUUUCUCUAUCGAUACCUGCGAAUGAAAGUUCAAAAACUCGCAAAAUGCUAUCACUGGACUACAUUUCCAAUUUGAAAAAGUUAACGCUUCGAAGAAAUCUCCUAUCUCAAUGUGACGUUCUUUCUUGUAUUGUACAAAGCCCGAAAAUGAAAAACUUGACCUAUCUCGAGCUCGCAGGAAGAACCUAUGAUAAGGGAGCAAUAUUGGUUGCUUCUAGCAAAUACAUGAAAAAUCUCAAAUAUCUUAAAAUUGAAAGAUGUAGUAUUAAGAACUCGGGAACAAUUGCCAUUGCUGAAAGCAAGUACUUGUCAAACUUAACAUUGCUAGACAUGUCAUGGAAUAAUAUGGAAACACCGGCAGCAAUUUCACUUGUUUCGAGCAAGUAUAUGAGAAAUUUGAAAAGUUUAUCCUUUCGUUUCUGUGAUCGACUUGACGAUCGUAUUGUUGAAGCAAUUUGUUCCAGCAAGUAUUUGAAAAACUUGACAUGCUUGGAUUUAAGUGACAUCAAACUUGGAAAUGCAUCUGCAAAGGCCCUCUCGGAAUGGCCUCUUCUUCGACAAUUGAUAGUUUUGAAAUUGGAACGAACUAAAAUCGAUCGAAAGGGAAAACAACUAAUAUUAUCGAGCCCAUAUUUCGAUCGAGAAAGAACGAAAUUGAAAAUUAGUUAUGAAGCAAUGAGCUUUUUAGACCAGUUGGGCCUUAAAAGAAUUCAAUAA